UUGCCUGUCCCAGGCCGCGUGUUGGGAGUGUCCUGGUGCCAGUUAUGGAGGCAGCCCCUGCUCACAGGCUGGACUCUACCGAGCCUGAUAUCCCAGGUCCAGUUGCACAGUGCGAAGAAGCUCCAGCUCCAGACCUCACCACCACCUCUCAUCCGGAGCCAUCCAGCCAGGGAGACACUGCACUGUCACCCACCACUAAUACACAGUGCAGAUCCCUGAAACGCCCUGUCACCAACUUUCGGACCUCCGUUGUGUGUCGUUUCAGGUCUCCUCGCCGAGUCCUGGUGCAGGUAGAAGAGGCAGAUCCCUCUCACCGGCUGGACCUUCAGGACACAAAGCCUGAAUUGGAGCCAGUGCCAGCUGCACAGGACGAGGACGACCUGGAGAACGACGUGGAGGUCCUGGAGUUGGAGCAUCACAGGCCAGGAGAGACAGCUCCAAACAGAAAGAGAGGAUGGCUACAGCACCUGCUCAGCUGCUUCAGGUGGAAAGCAAGAAAGAGCUGAAAAGGUGAUCUGUAGAGGAUCUGGCUGUAGAGCUGUACAUACAUACACAAACACAUACAUAAACACAUACAAUUUUGGUAAAUGGGCUGAGGCACACAGUAGGAUGUUAGCAGUAAUCUAGAUGAUGGGAUAGUGGUCUGGAGGUUGUGGGUAAUAUUCUGUGAUCUCCUAUGUCGUGAGCUUGGAGGGGGGUGAGUCUGGGAUGCCAGAAUUCACUGCUGAGUCUUCCUGAGGUGUUCAACGUAACGCUUAUGAAGGGAGGUCCUCAGCGGAUGACCCCUGUGAAGAGCUUGUGGCUUAGUGAAGGAUCAGUGUAUCAGUGAGAGAAGGGAAGGGUGGGUGUUUCAUGUUUGGGAUAAAUGUUGCUGAUUGGAUGGUAAAUGGCCACAGCAGCGUAGUUGUUAGCUGUAGGAGUUUAUGGUUCUCGUGUAGUUUAAUGUAAAUGAGUGGGAGAGUAGAGUAUAGAAGGGAAUGGGCGGAGCUCUAGAUUUAACCACAGUUGCGUUACUUACAUAGAUAUAGAGAUAGACGAAUAGGAUACACAUAGAAAUACCCACACAGUAAAACACUCACAUACACAUACACAUACAUACACACAGUUUUAAACAUAUACAUACACAAACACACAUACACACAAAUGUUUUUGUCUUUAUGUGCAUAGUUGUAUGUAUGUAAGUUUGUGUGUUUUUGUUUCUGUGUGUAUGUAUGUAUAUGUGUGUUUGAAAUUGUGUGUUUGUGUAUGUAUGCAUGUAUGUAAGCAUGUGUGUAUGUUUGUGUAUGUUUUUAAGUGUUUGAAAUUGUGUGUAUGUAUGUGUAUAUAUGUCUGCAUGUGUGUGCAUGUGUUUGUAUGUGUAAGUUCAUGUAAGUAUGUGUGUUUGUAUGUGUAUGCAUGUGUAUUCAUGUCUGCAUGUGUUUGUGUAAGUUUUUGUAUCUAUAUGUGUGAAUUUGCAC